CAUUCAACUGGAGUGUUGGAUCAACAAGUGAGUCAGGUAUCUAAGUUUCUGGUAGCCGUAUCCUAAUUUAGCGUUGCGUUUCAGUGUAGUUCUGGCCAUUUCGUACGCCCAGAUAUCGCCUUGCGAGCGUGAUGUCUGGCAGUCCGGUCCCUAGAUCUGCUAUCACUGUGAGCCCACCCAGUCGGUGGGCUGCGGACGCCGUGGCCUUCGUCGUGAAGCAUUCGAGAGCUGGCAUAGUGCCUCUCUGCACCAACGUUGCCGCUUUACUGGAACAGCGAGAUCGGCUCACUCAAGAAAACGAGGCUUUAGGUCGUGAAUUACAGGCCUGCAAGUUAAUGUCCGCACAGCCCGCAGAUGCUAAGACAGUUGCAACCAACACGCAUUCACCACAGCACGACCACAAACCAUGUGUUACAGAGCACGCUGCAUCGGCAAGCACUUUUGAACUAGCAACUGUAAGUGAUGCAGAAAAUUCUAGCCGUGGUAUUGCAGCCUCUCUUGUGAACAAGAAAAAAGGGACUAUUUACACACUGAAGGUUCUGGAGCAGUUGCAUCAGUUUGGAAACCCUUGGGUGCCCUUAGACAGCUGCCUUUGUGAAGCCUGCAAAUCUUUUGAAGGAACAAAAGUGUCCCCAAAGGCUCUAACCUUCAACCUUCUCGACAAAGGCCACACAGCAGUUAUUCGAAGAAAACUGUCGGGAAAGAUUUGUUAUGUUGGCCACCUUGACACCAGUGCACCACACUGGAUCUGGCUUGGUCUUGAUCUGCCUUAUCCUGUGGGAUACUGCGAUGGAAAACUCGGUGGAAAAGCGUACUUUGAGUGCAGGCCAGAUCACGGAGCAUUCUACAAUGUUUCAAGUGUAACAGCAAUAAUAACUUAAUGCAGCUUACAGCCAGGAUGGAAACACCUUUUCGAAUCAUGAGACACGACGGAAAAGUACGCAAUGUGUGGGAGUGAAUAUGAAAGUUCAGGGCCCUGAGAAUCCUUGUUAUGUACUCUUUUCUUGCACAUACCUUGUGUGCAGUGUUGUCUUGAAUAAAUAGCUUUCUUUUUCAUCGGUAA